AUGACAAUGUUACAGGAAUGUAACCGACUGGAAUCAUUCAAAAACUGGCCACUUUCUUGUCCCUCUGGUGAGGAAAUGGCUCGAAAUGGGUUCUAUUAUUUGGGCCACGGUGAUGAAGUGCGGUGUGUUUUUUGUAAAGUGGAAAUUAUGAAGUGGAAUACCGAUGAUGAUCCAACUGGUGAACACAGACGAUGGGCGCCGCAGUGUCCUUUUAUGCAGCGACGUAUCGUCGUCAAGUCCGAUGACGCAUUGUAUGACGAAUUCGGGAUACGACGACGACGACCACCACCAACAACUCCCCGUCAAGAAGCACACGGCGCAGAGUCAAACCUCGUAGAGAAACCGUACCAUUUGUAUCCAAAAUAUUCAAUCAUAUCGGAGCGUUUAAACAGUUUUACGCUUUGGCCCAAGAGUUUGAAACAAACCCCGGCCCAAUUGGCGGACGCUGGAUUUUUUUACACGGGCUGCGGUGACCGGGUAACAUGUUUCUGCUGCGGCGGCGUGUUGCAAGAUUGGGACUCUGAUGAUGACCCUUGGGAUCAACACGCCAAAUGGUUUGCACAAUGUGACUAUGUUCGUCUUGUCAACGGGCGCGGGUAUGUACUGCACAAAGUUGGUACUACCACCACUACUACCGUCGACGUAACAACUACCGAUCCGUACAGUGCCGCCGCCCACUCGACGGUCAUCAACCAAAAACAACAACAUUCGUGCCCGCGCGGAGCAUGUAAAUCGGAUGAGAAUGGGCGACUUUGUAAAAUUUGUUUUAUAGAAGAAAUGAAUGUGUACUACUAUCCGUGUGGCCAUGUCGUGUCUUGUUCCAAAUGUAUGCAUGGUAUCGAUAAAUGUCCACUAUGUCGCCAAAAUAUUCAAGGGGUUGGUAGAUUGUACUAUGUGUAA